UUAUUCUGAUCCAAAAACCUCUGCACUCUACACAUGAAUCCCACUCGUCCUCCUGUACUAGUCGUAGGCGCUGGGCCGGCUGGUCUGGUAGCAGCGUUAACGCUCCUCCAGAAUGGCAUCCCAGUUCGCAUCAUCGAUAAAGAACCCAACCCUCGGAUGGGACAGCGUGGUCCUGGAAUCUGGCCACGCUCCCUCGAACUUUUUAACUUCCUGGACGUACCAGAAGUCAACAACCUGGGGAAACCCGUCCCCAUAAUGCGUACCUACAAGCACGGGACGUUGGAACCUCAAACGGAACCUUCCAUGGUCCCGCAUGUGGAACCUAGCCCUGCGGUGCCAUUCCACGUUCCAAAGCUGAUAGGUCAACAACUACUAGAUGUGAUUCUGCGACGCCACCUCGAAAAAUUCUCGUGCUCUGUCGAGAUGGGCACCGAACUGCGUUCGUUCGAGCAGUCCGACGAAGGUGUCACAGCAGUUCUGGCAAAGAACGGCACAUUAGAGACCUUCAAUACUAAGUGGGUGAUCGGCGCUGACGGUGCUAAAGGCGUCGUGCGCAAACAGCUUGGGCUUACAUUCUUGGGCGAGACUAGAGACGAUGUCCGAAUGGUCAUGGGAGAUAUUCGUUUGCAUGCCGUUGGUCUUGAUAGAACGUAUUGGCACCGAUUUGGAAACUUCAAGGAACGAGGCGUCUCGUUGCGCCCAACAGACGAAAUUGGAGAGGAUGGCUGGCAAUUUGUCAUCUCUGCUCCCGAUGUUGACCUGACAAAGCUCGCUCAGAGCGAGGAGUUAAUCAUGGAGAUCAUCGCAUCGUUGAUACCUACGGAGGUCACAUUCAACAAAAUCGUCUGGGUGAGCGAGUAUAGGGCCAAUAUCCGCAUGGUAAACAAGCUUAGCGAGGGCCAAGGAUUUGUUGUGGGUGAUGCUGCUCAUGUUCACAGUCCAACCGGUGGUCAGGGACUUAAUUCAGGUAUACAAGAUGCUUUCAAUUUAGGUUGGAAACUUGCACUUGUCGAAAAAGGACUCGCCGACAAGUCUCUUCUUGAGACGUAUAAUGCCGAGCGUUUACCUGUCGUCUCCGAGAUGCUUGAGAGGACCACCACGAUUCUCAAUCAGGCAAUGAAGGCAGAAAACAUGACCGCCCCACGAAGCCCCAUCCUUUUCAUGCUUGGUAUCAAUUGCCGGUUCAGUAACAUCGUCCUCGAUGAAUUUGCAAUUCCAGGGAAGCCUAUUAAUGCGUACGGAGUGCUUGACGAGGGGAACCUGGAGGCUGGGGACAGGGCGCCUGACGCACCAAAUAUGUUGCAGGUGGGGUGCGGAGAAUCUGACGUGAAGACGCUUUUUAGUCUUUAUAGACCGUCGUAUCACACAGUGCUUGUGUUCGCGCCAAGUCUCGUAGGUGCUACCCCGAUCUUGGGUGCGCUGGAGGCAUACGACAAAAGUGUUGUGCGAUCGGCAAUCGUUCUGCCUUCAUCUGCAAUAGGCGUUCCUGUUGCAGCCCCUGCUGACCUCGUUCUUGUCGAUGAGGAUGGCCAUGCUUAUUCGGCUUACCUCAUAGAAGUUGGUCAGACGAAAGUGUUUGUGAUACGGCCGGACGGGGUGAUUGGGGCGAUUGUACAUGGUGCAGAAGGUGUGAAGAAGUAUUUCUCAGGAAUAUUUUUGGGUGUCGUGUAGUGGGCUGUUCUUUUCACUUGUAUCCUUAUAUCCUGAUUCAUUUGUAUAUCAUAAUCAACGUAGUUACUAAGCAGUCAAGAUGUGACUUG